CCGCAAGCUACCCGCUGAUAUGGCUCACCAACGGCGACAAUCUGUCCUUGAUGGACACAAGCAGGCUCAUUCGCUGAGCCUCAAGGUUCUGAGGCUAUCCAAACCCUCUCUGUCACAGCAAUAUCCACUUCCUCCUGUAACCUCAACGGAUGUACCCCAGAUAUCGCCCGAAGCUGCUCUGAGCUGCCCAAGUGAAGAGGUCGAUGGGCAAUUUAUACUGAGUCCGCUGCUAACGUUACCGCCGGCCUUUGGCUCAGCUUAUGUGGGAGAGACAUUCUCAUGUACGCUUUGUAUCAACAAUGAGUCUCUAGAAUCUGCAAGUGGGCCUCUGAUUAGCGGUGUUCGCAUCGCUGCUGAAAUGCAGACCCCGUCGCAAACUGUCCCGUUGGAUCUCGUGGCCGGCGAGGAAGCCAGUAAAGGCCCGUCCUUGGAACCGGGAAAUUCAUUACAACGGAUUGUUCGAUUUGAUCUAAAGGAAGAAGGGACUCAUGUUUUGGCAGUAACAGUCACGUACACGGAAACGCGAUUAUCGGCAAAGUCAGAAGGGCUUGGAGAACACCCUGCUGCAGGCGGGCGAGUCAGAACGUUUCGCAAACUCUAUCAAUUCCUAGCGCAGCAACAAAUCGCCGUUCGAACCAAGAGCGCAGAACUCCCAUUCGUGGCCGCAGACUCUGGGAAUGCUAAGACAUUUCAACCGACUCGUCUUCCUCGAUUUAUUCUUGAGGCACAACUAGAAAAUACGGGUGAAAACCCCGUUACUCUAGAGGACGUCGCAUUGAAUCCCAAACCGCCAUUCAUAUCGACUUCGCUCAACUGGGAUUUGCCGGAUCCAGGCCAGCAACAAAUAUCAGGUGUAAAUGAUCUGCCUAUUCUAAAUCCUCGAGAUGUCAUGCAGGUUGCAUUUCUGCUUGAACGAGGGCCUGAAAGCACUAUCGAUCAAGGCACAUGGUCGAAGGAGGAAUUGGAGAAUCCGCAAAGCCAGCUCUCCAUUCGAUGGCGCAGUUCAAUGGGUGAUGGCGGAUUUCUUACUACAGGAUGGCUCUUGUCAAGGAAACGAUGACGGGCAAUCUAAUCCAAAUCGUUCCUCUUCAUUUAAUUACAUACUGUCGACUGAAGCAGCCUUACAGGCAGCGGAAGGGGCAGAAACACGC